UCUCCCCCUCUGCGCCCCCCAAUUCAGCUCCAGUGUACCAGAGAGAAGACAAGACUCUGUUGAGAAUCAUAUGCGUCUAAAGGUUGCUGACGCUCUCUGACUCGAGCUUCUUCCGACAAAACACAGUCACUACGUGCAUCACACGCACCAAAGGCAGAGAGAGAGAGAAAACGAGGAAAAAAAGGAAAGAGAGCUAAUCCCAGCAUGUCCGCGACAUCGCCGCAAGACGUCCCGGGUGGUGGCGUCGCGUCCCCGGCCCCGGAGACUCUCCCGCGCGAUGCAACGCAGGAGCAGGUGACUCCUUCGGAUGUAAGCACGGAAGGUACAGCGUCAAGGAAAGAGGAAGAGGCGGCGGAACAAGCACAGCGGCAAGAGGAGGAUGUAUCCGGUCAAGAGGCGGAAGAGGGAGAGGUAGAGGACGACUCGGAGAGAGAGGAAGGGGAGGAAAAAGAAGCAGCAGCAGCAGCAGCAGCAGCAAACCAACAAGACACAUCAGCUUCGGCGCCACCGUUACCAGACGAAGUGCCCCCACCGCUCCCCAACGAAGUGCCACCGGGCGACGACGAUGGAUGGGAACCCGUCUGGGAUGCCAACGCCCAAGCCUACUACUUCUAUAACCGCCUCACCGGGGUAUCGCAGUGGGAGAAUCCACGGGUCCCCGGUGCCUCGGCCCCCGCCGCGUCCGCCGCCGGUGCCGUUCCCAUUGACGACAACGGCGACGGCGACGACGAUGACGAAGACGGCAGUAUCCAGGAACAGCGCGCACGCGUGCUGGGUGGCUACAACCCCGCCAUCCACGGCGACUACGACCCGACGGCGCCGUACGCGCAGCAGUACGAGCGGCAGGACGAGGCGGCCGUCGCCGGCAUGGACCCGAACCAGGCGUACGAGGCGGUGGGCGCCUUCAACCGGUUCACGGGCCGGUGGCAGGCGGCCUCGCAGAACCCGGAGUAUCACAAUGACGAGAACAAGUCCAAGCGGCAGAUGUAUGCGUUCUUCGACGUGGACGCGGCGGCCAACAGCCAUGAUGGCCGCAGUCUGCGGGCGGAACGCAGCGCCAAGAAGCUUACCAAGGCGGAGCUCAAGAUGUUCAAGGAGAAGCGACGGGAGAAGAAGGAGGAGAAGCGCCGCGCAUGGCUGAGGGAUUGACCUGUAAUAAAGCCGGCCUCGAGUCGGAUUCUUUUAUGCUUAUUCUUAUGUGUGUUGUGUGUGCUGAGAUACCUUUUCCCCGUGCUUUGACCUUUUUCUCGUUUCGUUUUUGUGUAUGUC